GCCCGCCCUGUGCGCGGGAAGGGCGGUGCUCCCCGCUACGGCGCCUGCGCACUACAACCAGCGGCGGGAGGGCGGUCGCCAUGAGCUUCCUCAUCGAUUCCAGCAUCAUGGUGACCUCCCAGGUGCUCUUCUUUGGAUUUGGAUGGUUGUUCUUCAUGCGCAAGCUCUUCAAGGAUUAUGAGGUGCGACAGUACGUUGUCCAAGUCAUCUUCUCUGUGACUUUUGCCUUCUCUUGUACUAUGUUUGAACUCAUCAUCUUUGAGAUUUUGGGAGUGCUGAACAGCAGCUCUCGAUAUUUUCACUGGAAGCUGAACCUGUGUGUCAUUCUGCUCAUCCUAGUCUUCAUGGUACCCUUUUACAUCGGUUACUUUGUUGUGAGCAAUAUCAGAUUAUUGCACAGACAGAAACUGCUUUUUGCGUGUGUUCUGUGGUUGACGUUUAUGUAUUUCUUCUGGAAGCUGGGAGAUCCAUUUCCUAUCCUCAGCCCAAAACAUGGAAUCCUGUCUAUAGAGCAGCUCAUCAGCCGUGUGGGUGUGAUUGGGGUGACACUCAUGGCUUUGCUGUCAGGAUUUGGUGCUGUCAACUGUCCAUAUACUUACAUGUCCUACUUUCUCAGGAAUGUGACAGAUGCAGAUAUUCUCGCUUUAGAGCGACGACUCCUUCAGACUAUGGACAUGAUUAUUAGUAAGAAAAAAAGGAUAGCAGUGGCUCACAGGACGAUGUUCCAGAGAGGGGAAGUGCACAACAAACCCACUGGCUUCUGGGGAAUGAUAAAAAGUGUUACGACGUCUGUUUCAGGCAGUGAAAGUUUGCCAGAUCUGUCUCUUAUCCAGCAAGAAGUGGAUGCCCUAGAAGAGCUGAGCCGGCAGCUUUUUCUUGAAACUGCUGACCUACAUGCAACGAAGGAAAGAAUAGAGUACUCCAAAACUUUCCAGGGAAAAUACUUCAAUUUUUUGGGUUAUUUUUUCUCCAUCUAUUGUGUCUGGAAAAUCUUCAUGGCAACCAUCAACAUUGUGUUUGAUCGUGUGGGGAAGACAGAUCCGGUCACAAGAGGAAUUGAGAUCACCGUGAAUUAUUUGGGAAUCCAGUUUGAUGUGAAAUUCUGGUCUCAGCACAUUUCCUUUAUUCUUGUUGGAAUAAUCAUUGUCACCUCUAUCAGAGGCCUAUUAAUUACACUUACGAAGUUCUUCUAUGCCAUUUCCAGCAGCAAGUCCUCCAAUGUUAUUGUUCUACUUUUAGCACAGAUCAUGGGUAUGUACUUUGUAUCAUCAGUGCUCCUGAUUCGGAUGAGUAUGCCUCUAGAGUACCGCACUAUUAUAACAGAAGUCCUGGGAGAGCUUCAGUUCAACUUCUAUCAUCGUUGGUUUGAUGUAAUAUUUCUAGUUAGUGCGUUAUCCAGCAUCCUCUUUCUCUACUUAGCACACAAACAAGCUCCAGAAAAGCACAUGGCCCUCUAAGGAAGGACUGCAGUCACGCACCGCUCUUGUCCUUUCUACUGGACUGUUGCAACUCCUGUGGACUGCAAAACUUGGAGAGCCAGGGUAGUUCUGUGUGUUCGGGCAAUGUAACUGGCUCUUUGAACUUCCAUGUCUUCAGUCAAGCUCUGUGGCUCAUUUUAAGGUGCUACAGCUUGAAGGAAGGGACAUGCACAUAUUGCCAAGGAAUAAAGGGAAUUUGUGGUACACCAGUAUCUAAGGGACUGUAUGCUGUCUGAGGUAAGGCAUCUUGGGUUCAGAAGAACGUCUUCAGAGAAGGCAUCAAGGAAAUGUGAUUUUUCUUUUAAAAAGCAACUCAUAAUUGAGAUUCAGAGGAUGAUAAUUUUGGAGCUGAAUGUGGGGGUCUGUGGAAUUAAAUAAGCUUUUGUAAUACCUCAUGCAAGCAUCACAGUUGUUUUUUGUCAGCUCAAAAUAUUUGUUUGCAGGUGAGCUAGAAAGUGGCUGGAAUUUACUACCUGGAGUGAAGUUGAAAAGAUACCACUAAUACUCACUGUCCUUUUGAGCUGGAACUUAGCUGUGUCUUGCUGAACUUCAGCUUUGUUUUGUAUGUAAACAGAACUAAGGCUUUGGAUUCCUGUUUGCUGGAGUUCGGCAUGAAGUCAAAGAUAACAGCUAUGCCUUGUUUACCUUACGUGUUAUAAAUGUGUUGACCUUAUAUACUAUAAAUCUGGUGUUCCCCUCAA